AUGUGCUGCUCGGGCUGCAAUCUUUGCGGAGAGUGCGUCGACUGCAAGGGCCCAGUCGAGAAGCGCUUGAAGGGAUAUGUUGGAACCACCCUGCCUGGAGCAUUUUCAGACUUCACCGUCGUCGAUGCUCGCUAUGCCGUCGUUCUUCCAGAUACGAUGAGCUUUGUUACCGCUGCUCCGUUGACUUGUGCAGGAGCUACAGCGUGGAGAGCAGUUCAGUCGACAAAGGCGCAGCCAGGAGAAUGGAUCGGUAUCGUUGGUAGCGGAGGUGGUUUGGGUCAUCUCGCCAUCCAAUUUGCCGUCAAGGCAGGCGUCAACGUAAUCGCUGUAGAUGCCCGCGAAGAAGGCCUUGAGUUGUCGAGAGAAUGUGGAGCUCAACUCGUGCUUGAUGCCCGCAAAGGAGAUGAACAACUGACAACCGCUAUAACAGAAGCUAUUGGGGAUGAUAAGAUUAAAGCGACUAUCGUACUGUCAGACCACGAGACAGCGUGUGAUACCGCUUGUGCAAUCACUCGACCUCAUGGGACCAUCAUUCAGGUGGCUCAGCCUCUACGAGUGUCGUUUCCCUUUCGCGCCAUCAUCUUCAAGGACCUGCAUUUCGAGGGAUCGUUGGUGUCAGGUCAGAAAGAACUCGAGGACAUGAUCCAUUUCGUGUUGAAGCACAAGAUUCGUGUCAAAACCAACAUUUACGAAGAUCUCGACUCUGUCAAUCUCGUAGCUGAUGCUGCGCGUUCGGGGAAAGUGAGCGGGAAGCUGGUGGUGGUCUUGGAUCGCGCGGCUGUCGAAGCUGACAAGGCCAAAGAUUGCUGGUAG